AUGUGGCUCCAGCCGGCGCUCUUUUUCUCCGCGUGCUUAUCGACCGCGGCGGCCAUCUACUCUGACGAGGUUAACCAUAUUGACUUCCACCACGCUCUCCUCGGCACCCCAUCCCCCGACUCGACAUUCUUCCUCAAGCCAUCCACAUCUUCAAAUGCCUCCCUCCUUUACACCCUAUCCGACAAGCUCCUUGUGGGGGCCGUGAACCCCCCGCGAUGGCACGCUGGUAUGGCGCCAGAACAUCUCGCGGUCGGCGGACUCGCCCUCACAUGGGAUGGAAAUGAUGCCGUUGUAGCUACGAUGGGUAACUACAUCGCAUCUUGGGGUGCCCAAGAUGGAAAAUUGGGAUGGGAGAAUCAGGUUUCACAGGGUGCGGUUGCCGAUCUUGAGCUGUUGGAGCUUGUGGAUGCUACCGCGACCUUCGGGGUGAGAGACACGAUUGCUGUGAUUGCUAGUGAGGGCACCGGAAUUGUGAGACGUCUGGAUGGAAACACUGGAAAGUCGGUGUGGGAAUUCAAGGAUGCAAGUGGCGACCUUCCGUUCCAAGUGUCGUCUUCUUCCACCGAGAUCUUCUAUAUCUCACUCCAGUCGGGUAUGCUGAAGGGCUUCAAGAUCAAGGUCACUGUUUUGGACCCAUUGACUGGACAACAAAUUCGUCAACAGAUUCUGAACUCCGAGGCUGAUGUAGCUACCUCGGAGUCCGUCCUCUAUGUGGGCGCUAAUUCCGCCUCGCCUAUCAUCGUCUGGGCCGACAAAUCGCAAAAGUCCCUGAAGGUCAAUGUUAUUGGUACCAAGGAAAUCACCUCUAUUGCCAUUGACAAUACCACUGGCUCCGAAAUUCGAAAGAUCACAGUCCACGCUCCCCAACAUCUUAACGCCUUGCCCCAUUUCUUGGUCCACUUUGAAACCGAGUCCGGGGCCUGGGCUGAGGUUUACCAUGUGGACUUGGUGUCUGCUAAGGUCACCAAGGCUUACAGGCUGCCCUAUCUGCCCGGCCAGUCGGCGGUCGCGGCCAGUGUCAUUGACGCUAAUGUCUAUUUCACUCGAAUCACGGACCAGGAAGCCACUGUUGUAUCAUCCGCCUCUCAUGGAAUUCUGGGACGAUGGGAUCUGCAGAAGCCUUCUUCUAACAUUGCCCUUCACUCAGUAUCCGAGGUUGUUGCUAAAGGAAAAUCUGUGGCUGUUAGGUCAGCGCUUUUCCGGAAGCACGGAGAUUGGCAACUUAUCCGAAAUGGCCAGAUCGAGUGGACUCGGCACGAGGGUCUUAUUGAUGCUGUCGCAGCUACCUGGGCGGAAACUGAUACUCAAGAGGAUUUAGCUCAUGAGCUGGAGAUCGAGGGCCACGACACUUUGUACGGCGCGUACCUACACCGGGUGAAGCGUCAUGUCCGGGACUUGGAACAUCUACCCGACUGGCUCAAGGAUCUUCCUAAGCGCAUUCUGAGCAGUAUCUUGACUGACGAAGUGUCCAACCUGGACAGCUUUGGUGUUGCCAAAUCAGUUAUUGUCGCCACCAAGAACGGCCAUGUGUACGCCUUGGAUACUGGAAACCACGGCGCCGUUUCGUGGGGCAUCCAGGCAGUGGAGACAUCGCAGUGGAAUGUGAAAGCUAUUUUGGCUUCACCAGGAGUCGCGACCAUCUACUCCGACGACGGAAGCUCUGUGACUGUGGAUGUGUCGACCGGAGAGAUUGUUUCACGCAUCGAAUCAUCUAACAGCAAACUCCACUCGAUUGCUGUCUUCGGGGCGCAGGAUGGAAGUUCGCUGGCUACAGUCGGUGUCAGUGAAGAUGGUACCCCAAUCACUGCAUUUGCCGACGAAGAUGGGUUCUUGGUAACCACCAGCGUUGAUGGCCGAGUCCUCGGCUGGAAGGUCGUCGAAGCGACCGCUCGCCCUGCCCAUGAUCCUGUUGCAUCUAUCGGCAGAGUCCUUGGAAACCGCUCGGUCCUUUACAAGUACCUCAACCCCAACCUUGCCCUGGUGACUGCAGUGAACGAGCAGACCCACACCGCCAGUUUCUACCUUCUAGACGGAGUCUCCGGAAAGGUGCUUCACGCAGUUACCCAAGCGGGCGUGGACUCCAAGCAGCCCAUCGCAUCCGUGAUGUCCGAGAACUGGUUCGCCUACUCAUUCUGGGGCGACGUUGACGGCAGUGAGUCGUCCGCCAAAGGCUACCAACUAGUCAUCUCGGAACUCUACGAAUCUCCCUUCCCCAACGACCGCGGUGUGCUUGACUCUACCACCAACUACUCCAGCACCGCCACCCUCCCGUUGCCCCACGUCAUCUCCCAGGCCUUCAUGAUCCCCGAACCCAUCUCCCACAUGGCCGUCACUCAAACGCGCCAGGGAAUUACCACCCGCCAGCUUCUCUGCACUCUACCCUCCUCCAACUCUCUCGUUGGCAUUCCUCGCCCCGUCCUUGACCCCCGCCGCCCUGUCGACCGUGACCCCACCACGGCUGAGGCCGAAGAAGGUCUGUUCCGCUACGCGCCCUACCUAGACUUCGAUGGUAAAUGGUACCUCUCGCAUACACGCGAUGUCGCCGGCAUCAAGGCCGUGCUCUCUUGCCCUACCCUGUUGGAAAGCACCAGUCUUAUCUUCGCUUACGGAAGCGAUAUUUACGGUACCCGAGCCACGCCCAGCCAGGCAUUUGAUAUCCUUGGCAAGAGCUUCUCCAAGCUGCAGCUCGUUCUCACUGUCGUGGCACUCGGAGCGGGUGUCACUGUUUUGGCUCCGAUGACUCGGAGGAAGCAGGUUAAUGCCCUGUGGAGGGCUUAGGCCUUCUAGGCUCAUAUACCAGAUAUCCCAUUGUGCUUUAGACUGU